UUAUCACUCUUGUGCAUGAAUGUUCUGGCAGAUGCCCUUAACAGCAUCAACGAUGCAGAGAAACAUGGAAAACAUCAAGUUCUCAUUAUACUGUGCUCUAAAAUAAUCAUCCGGUUUUUAACCGUGAUGAUGAAGCAUGGUUACAUUGAUGAAUUUGAGAUCAUUGACGAUCACAGAGCUGGGAAAAUUCUUGUUCAUCUCACAGGCAGACUGAACAAGUGUGGUGUGAUCAGUCCCAGAUUCGAUGUUCAGUUGAAGGACCUGGACAAGUGGCAGAACAACCUUUUGCCUUCAUGUCAGUUUGGGUACAUAGUGCUGACAAUUUCCGCUGGCAUCAUGGACCAUGAGGAAGCAAGGCGAAAACACACAGGAGGCAAAAAUCCUGGGAUUCUUUUUCUAAAGCUUGUAAAAACAGGCAUACUAAUAAAUUGUUCAAAUGGAAAAAAAAAAAUC